CAAUCAGUCUAUUUGAAAACGCUCAGAAGUAAACAAACUGAAUACGAACUUACAAGAGUCGCAAGCGCCGUUUUCGAAAGUAUCUGAUAUCGAACAAGUUUAUUUGCAAGUGACAAGUAAUAAUCAAUCAGAAAAAUGGUGAAAGCUCCAGCAAUCGGUAUCGACUUGGGCACCACCUACUCCUGCGUAGGUGUGUGGCAACAAGGAAAAGUAGAAAUCAUCGCCAACGAUCAAGGCAACCGAACAACUCCCAGCUAUGUCGCCUUCUCCGACACAGAACGCCUCCUCGGCGAUGCUGCCAAGAACCAAGUGGCCAUGAAUCCCAGCAAUACAGUCUUCGACGCCAAAAGGCUCAUAGGCCGCAAAUUCGACGACCCCAAGAUCCAGCAAGACUUCAAACACUGGCCCUUCAAAGUUGUCAACGACUGCGGCAAACCCAAGAUCCAAGUAGAAUUCAAAGGCGACACCAAGACCUUUGCCCCAGAAGAAAUAAGCUCCAUGGUACUGACUAAGAUGAAGGAAACCGCAGAAGCCUACCUGGGUAUGUCCGUCAAAGACGCAGUGGUCACUGUACCAGCUUACUUCAACGAUUCUCAAAGACAAGCUACCAAAGACGCUGGGGUUAUCGCAGGCUUGAACGUGAUGAGAAUCAUCAACGAGCCUACAGCUGCUGCUCUAGCUUACGGGCUAGACAAGAACCUUAAAGGCGAGAGAAACGUCCUUAUUUUCGACUUAGGAGGUGGCACUUUUGACGUUUCCAUACUCACAAUCGACGAAGGUUCACUGUUUGAAGUGAAAGCCACAGCAGGAGACACCCAUCUAGGAGGCGAAGACUUCGACAACAGAAUGGUCAACCAUUUCAUGGACGAGUUCAAGAGAAAGUACAAGAAGGACCUGAGAAGCAACCCCAGAGCCUUGCGCAGACUUAGGACUGCAGCAGAGAGGGCCAAGCGAACACUUUCAUCCAGCACAGAAGCCAGCCUGGAAAUAGACGCUCUGUAUGAAGGCAUUGACUUUUACACCAAGAUCAGCCGGGCUCGCUUUGAAGAACUUUGUUCGGACUUGUUCAGAGGUACCUUGCAGCCAGUGGAGAAAGCUCUUACAGACGCCAAAAUGGACAAGGGCCAGAUCCAAGACGUGGUGCUGGUAGGGGGCUCCACUCGCAUCCCCAAAAUCCAGCAACUGCUUCAAAACUUCUUCAGCGGCAAACCUUUGAACCUGUCCAUCAAUCCUGAUGAAGCUGUGGCUUACGGAGCAGCAGUACAAGCAGCAGUCUUAAGCGGAGAAACUGACUCCAAGAUCCAAGAUGUCCUAUUAGUAGAUGUAGCCCCAUUGUCCCUAGGGAUAGAAACAGCAGGAGGUGUCAUGACCAAGAUCAUCGAGCGCAACGCCAGAAUCCCAUGCAAGCAAACCCAAACCUUCACCACCUACGCAGACAACCAGCCAGCAGUUACCAUCCAGGUGUUUGAAGGAGAAAGAGCCAUGACCAAGGACAACAACCUCCUGGGCACUUUCGACCUCACUGGCAUUCCCCCAGCUCCCAGAGGAGUCCCCAAAAUCGAGGUGACCUUCGAUCUGGAUGCCAAUGGAAUCUUGAAUGUCUCUGCCACUGAUUCCAGCUCUGGAAACACCAGGAACAUAACCAUAAAGAAUGAUAAAGGCAGAUUGUCCCAGAGGGACAUUGAAAGAAUGGUUUCCGAGGCUGAGCAAUACAAGGAAGAGGACGAACGCCAGAGACAAAGAGUGGCAGCCAGGAACCAGCUGGAAGGUUAUGUAUUCCAGGUGCGGCAAGCCGUGCAAGAUUGCGGGGACAAGAUAUCCUCUGAGGACAAGGCCACUGUUGAGCGAGAGUGUGCUGAUUGCUUGAAAUGGUUGGAUAAUAAUUCGUUGGCUGAGAAGGAAGAGUACGAGGACAAGCAGAAGCAGCUGACUAGGGCCUGCAGCCCUAUCAUGAGCAAGUUGCAUGGUGGGGCUCAAGCUAAUGCAGCUGGUGGUGCAGGUGGUUGUGGUCAGCAGCAAGCCGGUGGCUUCGAAGGAAGACAGGGAGGUCCGACUAUCGAGGAAGUUGACUAACUUUAGUUUUUUAUCAUUAAUAUUAUAAUAUUUCAUAUUUAUUUGUUCAUUUGAGACUGACUCUAUUUAGUUGUUAGUGUUAUUCUAAGAAUAUUGUUGUUACCAUACUAUGUAUGCAUUAUUGAAAGUGAAUAAAUUUCAUGAACUAGUUUCAAUGUUUCAUUUCAACCUUAAUCUCACUUUCUCAAGCACACCUAGCGAUUUCCAUUCAAAAUUUCGAGAAUCC